UUCGAAGCCGCCAUUUUAGUAGGAAACGAAGAAGAAAGAUAUCACCGAGACUUUGAGCUAGCAGUAGCAGAUAGCUAACUUCAAGAAAGAAAUAAUAACAACUUUCAUUAUGCUGGUGUUUAGGUCCUGAGCAUUUGAAUCAUUUUUUGCUUGAUCAGCUCGCACUAUGGAAAAAAUGUGACAUUUUUUACCAGUAGACACUUUUCAGAGUCUCAACAAGCAUGGAUAAAACCUUUUACCAGUGGAAGAAGCAGAGUCUGCAGAAGCUGGACCUGAGUAAGAAAGGGAGCGUGGAUCAGGACAUUGAACAUUUAGUGUCUUUGCUCAACAGCCGUGAGGAAUAUUUCACCACGAGCUCCUGCUCCGGAAGAGUAAUCAUGAUUGACGCGGCUGCAGAGAACAGUGAAGUGCAGAAACAGAAUUGCGUUUGGUUGUUUGUCUCACACCAAAAAUGCACAUCAGAAGACUUGAUGUCUGCUGUGGCCAACUCCAGUGGUGAUGCUCUGUUGAAGUUUGAGCCAUUCAUUCUCCAUGUUCAGUGCAAGAGGCUGGAGGAUGCACAGCUUAUUCACUCAGUGGCCAUCAACUCAGGUUUUAGGAACUCUGGCCUCACUGUCAGCAAGGCGGGAAAGAUAAUCACAGCGGUUCGUAGCACCCAUGGCCUGGAAGUUCCUCUGAGCCAUGGAGGAAAGCUCUUGGUUGGACAGGAGUACAUCAGUUUCUUAACUCAAAUUGCCAAUCAGAAGAUGGAGGAGAACCUCAGACGGAUCCAAAGGUUUUACCAGAAUCUUCAGUCAUCUUUGAUUACAGAGACAUUUCAAAAACUACAAAUCUCAGAGCCUCCAAAAUCUCAAGAAAACCAGGACGCCCCUAACAUCCCAGAGACACAAACAAAGCAAAACAAAACAAGUCUGUAUAAACGGAGGCGGAAGAGAGAUCAGACGGAUUGUUGCCAUGCCGACAGGUCCAGCACUGUGUGUGAAUUGGACGAUUGUGUAGACCUUUUUACAUGAAACGGUGGCUCUGCCCAAUUGCUAACAAACUGUGUGUCCCAUCAACUGCUGAUUCCAUGCUUCCAUCAGUUAAAUUUAGGACAAUAUACAUUGCCAUGGUAACCUUUGCUACACAGUUGUGUGCUGUACAGUAAAUCUGCAGGUCACUGCUACAAGGUAGCACAAAGGACAGUGUUUCUACAGGCUUCCACUGUGUACAGUGCUGCUACAUUAAUGUGAUUAUAGCAAUAAAGAUAUUUUCACCCAUAA